AAUUGUGCCGCUCAAAUUUGUAAAGCUUCAAAAAGUCCGGACAAAAUCAAAUCUCGUUAAAUCCGUUCAGUAUGUCGUAACCCCGAUUUUUUUUUUCGCGGCUGCAGAUUAGAUCGCUAUCUGCGGGCUCCAUUAGCCCCUACCGACUGGUCUAUAACGCAAGACAGCCUCGGUAUUGCGUGCACGACGAUUAUCUAAAAGUGGGGCGGGAAAACGCGUCCAAAAAAAAUCGCGUUCGAGUGUUAAAUUGAGAAAAAAAAACACCCAGUAACCGGAGACGGAGAAAACACAUCCAGGGACCUUGGGGCCCGUCGUUAUCGCGGCGGAAGAGUAGAAAAAAAGCGCACGCACUUUAAACCGAAUUGUGCGGCCGUAUCGUGAGAUUUUUUGAAAGAAAAAAAGGCGCGUUAUCUCCCGGUAUAUAUACGAGCGACGUCCGAAGGCCGCGAUCUCACAAGAUGUCGCGUUCGAAUGUGAAAAAGUUGGAGGAGCUGCUGAAGAGGUCGUGGCAUCACGACGUGCAGGUGCUACGGGAAGAGACAAAGCUGCUGACCGCUCCGGGUGAGCAUUACGGCAGCAUCAUGCUCGCGCUCGACGUCAAACUCGGACGAAGGUCUUCCGCAGACACCGACGACCUUCACCUCGUUGCCAAACUGAUCCCGUCCAAUGAGAUGCUGAGGAACACCUUCGAUGUGCAGAUCACCUUCAAGAAGGAGAUAUUCGCGUACACCCAAGCCAUCCCGGCUCUGGUCGCGUUCCAACGCAAGAGGAAGAUACGCGAGGAGAAGGUGCUCGACAAGUUCUUCCCCAGGUGUCUGGCCGCGAGGCCCAGCAUCGACAUGAACGGAGGCCCGGUGGACGAGGACGGCGUCCUUCUGUUCGAGAACCUCCAGGUGAAAGGCUAUACCACCCUCGACCGUCUAGUCGGGUUCGAUUUCGAAGCUUCCAAAUUAGUGUUGAAGGCCCUCGCUAGGUUCCACGCGGUUCCCAUCGCCGCGAGGCACCUCCAACCGGAAGUCUUUUCCGAAAAGGUCCUCCCGGGGCUCGGACCCACCAAAGGGUUCGAUGAGUGGCCCGAGGCCGCUCGUAAAGCGUUCGAGACACCCAUAGAGGAAGGUGUCAAAGCAGAAGAGCUCGAACCCUACGCGGAACGUAUCCGAGCGGCAAUCGAUCGCUCGAAACGGGUCCCGUGGGCGAGGAGGCCGCCUCCGGCAGAGCCCUGGGGUACCAUGAGCCACUCGGACUUGUGGACCAGUAACGUGAUGGUGUUGAAAGACGAAGCAGGCGCAGUUGUCGACGUCAAGAUCGUAGACCUGCAGAUGGUCAAGUACUGGUCCUGCUGCUGCGAUUUGGUGUUUUUCUUAUUCACCAGCGUCGUGAAUGAAGUGUUGGACGAGCACUUCGACGACCUGGUGAAAACGUACUACGACCACUUCAUUGACGCGCUGAGCGAUUACGAAAUCGACUUGGAUCGUUUUGCCUGGAAUAAGUUCAAAGACGAGUUAGACAAGGCGGGAAAGGAGGAAUUGUAUCAUAUCCUGUUCUUGCUGAAGCCCGUGUGCGUUGAGAGGGGUAAGGUGACGAGGAACGCUGAAGAGUUUCAGGACUCGGAUUGGACGAGGCAGGACCUGCUGGGUCCCGUGCACAGGAAAAAGCUCAUACACACGUUGCUGUCAAUGAUGAGGAUCGGCUGGAUAUGAGCCCGAUUUUCGUAGAGUAUUUAUUUGUUUUUU